CGCAAAUUAAUGAAGCGGUGACUUUGAAUGUACUUCACAAAUUAAACAGAAGCCAAAAAAAAAUCACAAUCGUGUGUGUGUGUGCGUGUACGUGUGUGUGUACACAUUCGAACUCUAAAGUGGAUCGAUCAUGUUUGCUUCAUUAAAAGGAUUAUCUGCAAUUGUCACUGGUGGUGCAUCAGGACUUGGGCUGGCUACAACGAAAAAAUUAAUUGCUGAAGGAUGUAAUGUAUUAGUGUGUGAUUUAAAAAUGUCACCUGUUUUAUCAGAAUUAGGCAGUAAUUGUGUUUAUUGUGAAACAGAUGUUGCUUCGGAAUCCGAUGCAGAAAAAGCUAUUGAUUUAGCUAAGAAAAAUUUCUCAAAACUUCACAUUCUAGUGAAUUGUGCUGGUAUAGCUGUAGCGUCGAAAACAUAUAAUAUAAAACGUAAAACACCUCAUUCAUUAGAUUUAUUUGAAAAAGUUAUCAAGACUAACCUUAUCGGUACAUUCAAUAUGAUUCGACUUGCAUCUGGUUUAAUGUUAGCCAAUGAACCAGAUAUUGAUAAUCAACGUGGUGUUAUCAUUAACACUGCAAGUAUAUCAGGCUAUGAAGGUCAAAUUGGACAAGCUGCUUAUUCAGCUAGUAAAGGCGGUAUAAUUGGUAUGACUUUGCCAAUUGCUCGUGAUCUUUCACGUGAAGGAAUUCGAUGCGUAUCAAUUGCUCCAGGUCUAUUUAAUACGAAAACAAUAUUGGGUGAACGUGAAUACACUAAAGAUGAAAUUGAUUAUUUGAAUGAUAUCCAACUGACCAUAGAUCGUAUGGGUAAACCAGAAGAAUUUACACUGUCUAUCAUGCACAUUCUACAAAAUCCAAUGAUGAAUGGUGUUACUUUAAGAUUAGAUGGUGCUGGGCGACUUAUAUUUUUAUAAGAUAAUAAUAAUAAUAAUAUCAUACCUACACACCCACGCACACACAUGUACUCAACUUGUUAACUUUGUAUAUCGCGAUAUGUAAUAUUCAUGUAUAGAAAAAAAUAUACAAGUACCAUAUGAAAAACACAAGCGCUACUACUCACACAAAAAAAAAUCUAUCAUUAUAUUAUUUUUAAAUAAUUUUCUUCUUAGGAUUAUUUGAUACUCCAUUGUUGGAUGGUGUACCAAAUGUUGAAUUAUUGAGAAAACUUACAUUAUAUCCAAAUCGUAUAGGUAAACCGGAAGAAUUUGCAAAACUUGUUGAAUCAAUCAUUUGUAAUCCAAUGUUAAAUGGUACAACUAUUCGAAUUGAUGGAGGUGUUCAUUUACCUCCUUAGAUUCGAUUAGAUUAGAUUAAAUUAAAUUAAUUUGUGUAAUUUUAUUUCUGCGUCAAUGCAUUUACAUCAAUUUUUAAAAAAAAAUUUUCUGAAAUUCUU